UUGAUAAUAUCACGUUUGGGACCGGGAACGAUCAGAUUUGAAAUAUUUAACUAUGUACUUACUUCUCUUACAGUUGAAGUUUUACUUCUACAUUCGAUCACUCAUAUAAAUGUUUGUUUCUAAGACAACCAUUUUUUUUUAUGGCAAUUAUUGAUACAACUCUAAGCCAUAAAAUAUAGCACGAAUAAAAAUCAACUACUAUACAACUUAUUGAUCUUACUUGUUAUUAUAUUAUUGGUAACAUUCAAUUCAAUCGUAUUCAUGGAUAAUGUAGAAGAAAAAUCAAGAUAAUCACAAUGAACGUCAACCAACAAGGCUUAAAUUGUUUAUUGUAUUGUCCAUCUAUGGCUCGACCUUUGGAUUUUAAUGUGAAAGGACCUGUUCCUAUUUAUAUACAUAAAAAACAGAAAGUACUUACCGGUUGUUCUUAUAUAGAACUAAAAUUACAAAAAAACUCCAAGGUAGGCGAAAUAACGUUUAGGAACUAUUAUACAGCUAGCGUCAGUGUACUUUUGUUGCGCUCAAACAAUCAAAGCGCACCAAUGGGAUCUAGGAACUGGGAAGUCGCCAUUAAGAAUCGUACUCUAAUGAAAUGGCCUCACUAUGAGAACGAUGCACAAGAUUACUUUUCUCUAUUCACAGUAGAGGCGUGGAACAAUGUUUGCAAGAUUAAAAUUAUUCUCAGACAGCCUUCGCCUAUGUGCAAGACAUUUCAUUUAGAAGAAAUCAAACUUUACUCAGAUGUUCCAAGAUUUGGUAGACCAUUCUUCGAGCAAAAACUACCCAAUUAUUUAGUGCAAAAUACUGUAGCGGCAAUGAUGUGGAAACCCAGUGCAAAAAACAAUUAUACAUUGUACAAAACGGACUUAGAUAAGUUUCAAACUAAUGGUGGUUAUGUUGUUGAUCAAGGGCCAAACAAACUUUGAUGGUAAAUUAUGUAAGCAAGAAUAAUUUAAAUUUUUUAGAAAAAAUAUUAUAAUUUAGUAGAAAGGAAUGAAUAGCAAUGACAAAUUUAAAACCAAAGAUAUUAUUUUUAAAAUUUUUUUUAUUGCAAAAUUAUUUGUUAUGAUAAUAUGAAUGGUUGUAUACUUUAUCUACA